GGACUCAACAACAGCUUAUAGCACAACAUGCAUUGGAGAAAGAGGCUUUGGAGAAGAUUAAAUUAGAAAUCGAGGAGGAGCUAAAACAUCUUGAUGAAGAAAUCUUGGAAGCAUUUACCACUACAGGAUUUGACUGCCACACUUCCCCAGUGUUCAGUCCUGCCAAUCCGGAGAGCUCGAUAGAAGACUGCCUGGCUCAUCUGGGGGAGAAAGUGUCCCAGGAAUUGAAAGAACAUCUGCACAAAGCUCUGCAGAGCUUGCUCAGCAAGCCAGUGACAUAUCAAGAAUAUCGGGAGCGCACACAAGAGACAGCUGCUCAUGCCAGUGGAUGGAACAAGGUCUUGGUACCCCUGGUUCUGCUGCAGCAGUUUUUGAUGGAGUUAACCAGACGAGGCCAGGAACCACUGAGCGCGCUCGUGAACUUCGGUGUGACAUAUCUAGAAGACUAUUCUGCAGACUAUAUCAUUCAACAAGGAGGCUGGGGAACAGUCUUCACUUUGGAAUCUGAAGAGGAGGAGUACCCUGGGCUCAUCGCGGAGGACAGUAAUGACAUCUACAUCCUGACCAGUGACAACUCGGGACAGGUGAGCCCGCCGGAGUCUCCAACAGUGACCACAUCGUGGCAGUCAGAGAGCCUGCCCGUCUCCCUGUCGGCCAGUCAGAGCUGGCACACAGAGAGCCUGCCUGUCUCCCUGGGACCUGAGUCCUGGCAGCAAGUGGCCAUGGAUCCUGAAGAAGUCAAAAGCCUGGACAGCAACGGAGGGGGUGAAGAGAGGAGCGAGAACAACUCUUCCAACUCGGAUAUUGUUCACGUGGAGAAGGAAGAGAUACCGGAAGGGAUUGAGGAAGCAGCGGUGUCAGCCGUCGCUGCAGAGACCGCGCAGGCGGCGUUUCCAGAAAGCCCUGCUCCUUCACAGAAGGCAACACCUCAAGCUGAAACUGCUGCUGUUGGAAAAGCAGAGGAGCCCUCCCUGCUUCUGCGUACAAAACAGGAGGAAAAGGGAAAAGCGGCUGAAGAGCUUGUUGAACCUGAAAUCCCCAUAUUAAGUAAACCUGUCCCAAAGCUAGCCCCAUCAGAAGAAAAGGCUGCACCAGAACCUGAGAAAAUACUGCUGCCAGGGGAAAAAAAAGUGGGGAAAGAGGGCCGCUUGGAAGAAAUGGAAGAGAAAUCCUCGGCUGCGGAGGAGAAGCCUAUUUUAUUGCCGGAAGGGAAAUCCAUACUGCUGUACGGUGGGGCUGCUGCGGUGGCUAUACUAGCGGUAGCAGUCGGAGUAGCGCUGGCGCUUAGAAAAAAGUAACGGAGCUCUCUUGAGGAGGAGGAGGGGGAGGAGGAGAGGGGAGAGAGCACGAUCCAGUUUUUGUAGUUGUGUUACCUAAAGGUUGAGCUGCCUGCUGUUCAGUUGGACAUUUGAGUAACUUAAUGGUGAUGGGGUGAGGUCCUUCAAUAAGCCUCCAGCUGUGGACAAUCAUGUUUUUAGUAGAAUUGGGGUGGGGACUGGUUUUUCGUGAUUAAAGUACAGGGGUAUUUUUAAAAAAAAAAAAUUACAAGAAAAAAAUAAUUCUGCGAAU